AAAAACUCACUUACAAGGCUGUAGACGCAACUCAUAUACUCUUAUACGUACCAUGGCCGCAAAAAAAUGCAAUACUCAUAUUUUUCUGCCAUUUCUCCUUAUUUUAGCUGCAUGGGCAACAAAAAUAGCUUGUCGUCCUCUGGAUGAGCAGGAAUAUAUGUUGAAGAGGCAUGGAGAAUGGAUGGCUCAAUAUGGACGUGUCUAUGGAGACAUGAAAGAGAAGGAUAAACGAUACUUGAUUUUCAAGGAAAAUAUUGAACGUAUAGAAGCAUUUAACAACGGUUCUGACCGCGGAUACAAGCUUGGUGUGAACAAAUUCGCAGACUUGACCAAUGAAGAAUUCCGUGCCAUGUAUCAUGGGUACAAGAGACAAUCAUCCAAAUUGAUGUCUUCAUCAUUUAGAUAUGAAAAUCUAAGUGACAUACCAACUUCAAUGGAUUGGAGAAAUGCUGAAGCAGUCACCCCAGUUAAAGACCAAGGCAGAUGUGGAGGGCUAACAAGCGAAGAGAAUUACCCCUACCAAGGAGUAGAUGGCAGUUGCAGUAGCGAGAAGGCAGCAUCCAUUGCAGCUGAAAUAACUGGGUAUGAAGACGUGCCAAAGAAUAAUGAAAACGCUCUCCUGCAAGCUGUGGCCAAACAGCCAGUAUCAGUUGUUGUUGACGGUGGUGGGCAGGAUUUCCAGUUUUAUAAAAGUGGUGUCUUCAAAGGGGAUUGUGGGACAGAGCAAAACCACGCGGUUACUGCAAUUGGAUUUGGUACUGACAGCGAUGGGACUGAUUAUUGGCUGGUGAAGAAUUCGUGGGGAACCAGUUGGGGUGAAAGCGGGUAUAUGAGGAUGCAAAGAGGAAUCGGUGCAAGCGAAGGCCUAUGUGGCGUUGCCAUGGAUGCUUCUUAUCCGACUGCAUGAGAAAAUGCAAGGGUCGUGUGAUUAAUAUUAAACUAAAUAGUAAAAAGUGUGUGGUACUUUAUUAUAUGUACGGUUUGGAAAGUUCG